AUGAAUUACGAGAUACUACCAAUUGUUAAAGGGGACUUUAAAUACUUCAUUCCUCCUUUGUUCAGGUCCAUGGGUUUUGCCCACUUUGUUGCGACUCUAUGGCCUGACAACCAAACUGACCAAGGCCAGCAACGUGCAAUUGAACGAUUCAUGGCAGAGAUGGACGAUCAUCCCGGGAUCAGGUGGAUCAAAGCCGUGGAUAGCACAGCCGCCGAAGCAGACGGUAGCCCCAAGAUUGUGGGAAUUGCACAGUGGGCUAUUUUCGAGGCCGACAAAACCUACCAUGAGGUCCCUCACUACGCCCCCGGUGAUCUCUGGCCCAAUAAACUAGAGAAGGACUAUGCAAUCCAUCUGUGGGAAAGCUAUAUUCAACCGAGGCGGGCGGUACUCCGGAAAGAGAAUCUUCCGGUUGUCAACUUGCAAAUUUUGUGCGUGUGGCCUGAGUAUCGGAAACAUGGUGCUGGAGGCCAGCUCGUAGAUUGGGGCAAUAGAUUAGCUGACGAAAUGAAUGCCCAAUGCAUCGUGGAGGCGUCGGGAAUGGGCCAGCCACUUUACGAGAAAUUCGGGUAUGAAGUGAAAGAACAAGUCGGACUCAAGGAUGAUGCAAGAUUCAAUGAUAGAAUGUAUGGUAAAAUCCACAUCUUUAUGGCGAGACUGAGGCGAGAACCUAUCUAA